AUGACACUAAACACACAGCAGGAAGCCAAGACCCCCCUGCGCCGGCGAGCCAGCACCCCACUGCCCCUGUCCUCCAGGGGCCCCCAGCCUGGCCGCCUGUGCCCACCACCGGCCACUCAACCCCAGCACCCACGGCUGGGCCAGUCGGCUUCCCUCAACCCUCCCGCCCGGGUGCCUUCCCCUGCCCCCGACAGCUGGUCCUCAGAAUCCAGCGACUCUGAGGGCCCCUGGGAGGCCCUGUACCGCGUGGUGCUGCUCGGCGAUCCCGGCGUGGGCAAGACCAGCCUGGCCAACCUCUUUGCAGGAAAGCAAGAACGGGACCUCCAUGAACAGCUGGGAGAGGGUGUGUAUGAGAGGACACUCACAGUGGACGGAGAGGACACUACCCUGCUGGUCAUGGACACGUGGGAGGCCGAGAGAUUGGAAGAAAGCUGGAAGCAGGAACAGGGCCUGCAGGUGGGCAGUGCCUACGUCAUCGUCUAUUCCAUCGCAGACCGGCGCAGCUUUGAGAGCGCGUCUGAGCUCCGCAUUCAGCUGCGGCGUGCGCACCAGGCUGACCACGUGCCCAUCAUCCUGGUCGGCAACAAAGCCGACCUGGCCCGCUGCCGGGAAGUCUCCGUGGAAGAGGGCCGCGCCUGUGCUGUGGUGUUCGACUGCAAGUUCAUCGAGACGUCAGCCGCUUUGCAGCACAACGUGGCCGAGCUCUUCGAAGGCGUGGUACGCCAACUGCGCCUGCGCCGCCGCGACAGCACUGCCCAAGAGCCACCUGCGCCCCGCCGCCAGGCCAGCCUCGGACAGCGCGCUCGUCGCUUCCUGGCACGCCUGACGGCCCGCAGUGCCCGCCGCCGGGCGCUCAAGGCCCAGUCCAAGUCCUGCCACAACCUGGCGGUGCUGUGAGGCCUCCUUCUCUGCUGAAGUGGCUGGACACUGAGGUGCCAUCUGGCCUCCACCAAUGCCACCAAAGAGGAAAGAGUCGUCCCUCCUGGAGCCUGUGUCAUGGGCCGCACAGAAGGCCUGGGCAGCUCCCAGAGCCAGAACCUUGGUGACUGUUCUGCCUCCGGAAGCCAUGAACAGACUAUGAGAACUAAGCUUCAAAUGGGCAUGAAGUGGGGUUUUGUACACGGUGAGGGUAUUUCUGUAAGUUUUCUCUGUCGCUGGGCCCUGGCCAACCCUGGGAAACACUCACAAUAAACCAGUCUGGCCGAAUGCCCUGUCUGAACAAGCUGACCUCUCCUUACUGUGACUGCACUUCCUGACCCAUCUUCAACUCUGGCUGCAAACCUGUUUAGCCUACGGCCUGG